CAGGGACUCUGCUCCAUGGCCCCCUCCAUCCGCCUGUCGCCCGCCGCCCGCAGCCUCUUCGAUGAGCCGCUGGCCAUCGCCGUGCAGGGCCUCGGCCCGCGGCAGCAGGUCACGCUGCGAACGUCCUUGCGGGACGAGACCGGAGAGCUCUUCCAGGCCAGUGCCCGCUACCAGGCGGGCGACGACGGGGAGCUGGACCUCGCCCGCUGUCCUGCGCUGCCGGGAGGCAGCUUCUCCGGCCUGGAGCCCAUGGGGCUGCUCUGGGCUUUGCAGCCCCAGAAGCCUUUCUGGCGGCUGGUAAAGCGGGACGUGCAGAGCCCCUUCCUCCUGCAGCUGGAGGUGUUCGAGGGCCACGGGGAGCGCCCCGGGCAGCUCCUGGCCCAGGCGCAGCACGAGCGGGCGUUCCUGCGGGACGGGGUGCGGAGAGUCCCGGUGCGAGAAGGGAGGAUCCGGGCGACGCUUUUCCUGCCCCCCGGAAGUGGCCCCUUUCCGGGAAUUAUUGACUUGUAUGGAACUGGAGGAGGACUCCCUGAAUACAGGGCAUGCCUGCUGGCCAACCACGGCUUUGCUGUGCUGGCUCUGGCUUUCUACAGCUAUGAAGAUCUCCCCAAAGGGAUGAAGGAAUUCCACCUAGAAUAUUUUGAAGAAGCUGUAAACUAUAUGUUACAACACGCCCAGGUUAAAGGUCCAGGAAUUGGUUUGCUUGGACACUCGAAGGGGGGUGACCUGUGUGUCUCCAUGGCCUCCUUCCUAAAGGGCAUCACAGCCACUGCCCUCAUCAACGGCUCGGUGGCAAAUGUGGGUGCAGUGCUCCACUAUAAGGACAUCACCAUUCCACCCCUUGGUACCAAUACAAAACGCAUCAAGAUUGGCAAAUCCGGGAUUGUUGAUAUUAUUGAUGUACUGAACAACCCACUAGAAGGGCCUGACCAGCAAAGCUUUAUCCCUUUGGAGAAGGCUGAGUGUUGCUUCUUGUUCAUUGUUGGCCAGGAUGAUCACAACUGGAAAAGUGAAUUCUUUGCAGUUGAGGGGAGCAAACGUUUGCAGGCUCAUGGGAAAGAAAAGCCUGAGAUAGUCUGUUAUCCUGGAGCAGGACACUACAUUGAACCUCCCUUUUUCCCGAUGUGUGCAGCCUCAAUGCACCUGCUAUUUGGCAAGCCUGUGAUGUGGGGAGGGGAGCCCAAGGCACACUGUGAGGCACAGAUAGAUGCUUGGCAGCAGAUCCAAGCUUUCUUUCGUAAACACCUCACAGGCAAGCCAUCCAGUAAGCUGUGA